AUGGCUCAAGCCAAACUUCAUUCGUCGCCUUUAGCAGCCAGGAGCAGCCCCCGGCAACGGCGAAAUGACGACAGCCCGUCCAGGCAGCUUCAAUUUGAGCUGGAACGCGCUUUCAGCCAAAUUCACCUUCACGAAGUCGAACGCCAGAAACUUCAUGUCUAUCAACGGAGACAGCAGCAGGAGGAACUCGAUACCAGAGAGCUUGCUCAAGCAGAGGUGCACCGAGCUGAACUAAAUGUUGCCAAUGCACAACAUGAGAUCGUCCGGCGACAGGCCGAAGCUGUUCUCCAGGCAUAUAUCAAACAGGAAGAAGAGGAACAGCGGCGACGUGCAGAGGAACGAAGAAGGUUAGAGCAGGAAGAAAGAAGGAAGCAGGAAGAGGAGUUGGCACGAAAACGAGCCGAGGAGGAGCGGAAGGCCCGAGAAGAAAACGAACGCCGCAAACGCGAAGAGCGAGCCAAGGCGGAAGCUGAAAGACAGGCGAUCUAUGAGAAGCAGAAGGCCGAAGCCGAAGAGAAGCAGCGUAUUGAAAGGGAAACUGCGGAGAAACGGCGACGCGAUGAACAACAAGCACAAGCGCAAGCGCAAGCGCAAGCAGAGCGAGCAGCAGCUCUUCAAAAGGAAGAAGCCGAGAAGCAAGCGGCGUCGGCGAAGGUUCCACCACCUGGCCCUGCAACAGCUCGGCCCGCUCAAAGCGGCAACCAGCCAUCCGGGUCUUUGCCGGACUCGGAACGAUUGCACCAGAGCUAUUUGGCCAUCCACCGAAAGCUCAAGGUAUUCCGUAAGGAGUUUUGGGAGAUGGUCAAGAAGGAGCCGACUCUGAAACCACACGUGGGAGAUAUGCGCCGAGCAAUGCGGACAAGUGUUGGGCAACUGACUGACGACAAAGUCGGCAAUAAAAAAGCACAUGACCGCGUGAAGAUGACAUUGCUCAGAGCCCUGAGUGAACUCCCUUCGCCCCCGGUCUCGGUAAACGACUAUCUUCCUCCGCACCUUUCGCUGCAUGAUGAAGGAAGGACCACAAUUCCGUCACUGGCCUUGUACCUGCUCUCGUUCUUCAGCAAAGCCAUCAUCAGUACCUUUGUCGGCGAAUGCGCAGUCAACUCCAAAGCUGCCGAGCCUGUUGGCACCCUGGUGGCACAAAUCUUUUCUAUGCCCGAGCUGCAAUUUGCGAGGAACACUCCGUCCGACCGUCCCAAUGCUCAGGGCAUCUCCCCUCCUUCCGCGAACCAACCGGCAACUGUCCCGCUCAUUUCGGUUCUGAUGUGCAAGUUCCAUGCGACAGCACCUGCUCUCUUCGGCAUUUAUGGUCCGGAAACAACAUCUGCGGGAAGAUUGCGCCUUGGUUGGCGUUUGGAGAAACUGUCGGACGACAAGAAAGCCUUUGUCACCGAGAACAAGCACUAUGACCGUCUGACCGGCUUGGGUGUUGGCUAUGCAUCUAUUGCCCUGCGGAAUUUUUCCAAGGCCAAAGUCCACAAUCCUUGGCCGCCGAUACACUACUGGUCGAGCCUUGCACACAUUAUCAACACGCCUCCAUCAGAAGUCCAGACUAGUCAUCUGAUUCUCCUGAAGUCGAUGCUGGAGAACAAUGCUGUUGAUCGCUUCGUUCUUUUCUUCGGUGCAGCGGGCGUUGCCGCUUUGCGACAAGCUGUGGUUGAUUUCCCACUUUCUCUGUCCAGAGAGCUGCAAGAAAAGCCUGUGAGCAAGGCGCUGGGGCUGAUGGUUGAAUCGUGGAAGAAAGACAAGCACUUUUCACUGGAGUAG